AUGGAGGCCACGGGGCCGGAGAGCCCGGACAGCCGAGGCUUCCCCUUGCCAGGCACAACGGGCGCCGGCCUCUCUUGGGACAACGGCACCAGACACAGCGUCACACUCCCUGAGCCGCUGCCGGCUCUUCACGUGUUCCUGCCAGUGGUGUACGCUGCUAUCUGCGCCGUGCGGCUAAUGGGCAACGCGGCCGCCAUCUGUGUGAUCCUGAGAGCGCCCAGGAUGAAGACGGUGACCCACGCGUUCACCCUGAACCUGGCCAUCGCGACACUCUUCACACCGGUGCUGCCCACCAACAUCGCCAAGCACGUGCUGCAGCGCUGGCCCUUUGGGGAGCUGCUCUGCAAGCUGGUGCUGGCCACCGACCGCUGCAACAUCUUCUCCAGCGUCUACUUCCCGGCCGCCAUGAGCAUGGACCGCUACCUGGUGGUGCCGGCCAUGGUGCGGCCCCGCCGCACGCCCCGGCACACUGUCCGCGGGGCUGAGAUCCCCAGCCUGUGCACCUGGCUGGGUGUCACUGUCACAAUGCUGCCCUUCUUCACCUUCGCCGGGGUCUACAGCAAUGAGCUACAGGUCACGAGCUGCGGGCUGAGCUGCCCACGGCCUGAGCGGGCCUGGUUCCAGGCAAUCAGCAUCUACACGCCGGUGCUGGGCUUGGCGGUGCCCACGGGCACCCUCUAUGUUCUCUACGUGAGGCUGCAGGCCCUGCGGCUCUACUCCGGAGCCAAGGCUCUGGACAAGGCCAAGCGGAAGGUGAGUCUCCAGGUCCUGGCUGUGCUGGCCGUGGGCCUGCUCUGCUGGACGCCCUUCCACCUGGCCUCAGUCGUGGCCCUGACCACAGACCUGCCCCAGACGCCACUGGUCAUCAUCAUCUCCUAUGUCGUCACCAGCCUCGGCUACACCAGCUCCUGCCUCAACCCCGUCCUCUAGGCCUUCCCGGACCACAGCUUCUGGAGGAGCCUCUGCACCACGUUCCAGUGCCCGGGGGCAUAA